GGACAUGGGCAAAACCCAACCAAAAGCCUCGUCUCUCCCCUUAAUCCAACGAAUUUUCUUCCUCGAUCGCCCGAAGUUCGUUAGUCGGUGCUAUCGCGCGAGAUUGUCAAAAAGCUUCACUUUUUCAGGUUUGUUUGCCCCCCCAUCUCUCGAAGUGGCCGGCGGCUACUGUGAGCUCACAUGUCACCGCAAAGAGGGGAGGAGAAAUUUGAAAAGUCUCGCUAGGGAGGAGGGAGAGAAGGUGGGGCUAUCGUAGGUCACGGCCCGAACGACGAGGGGGGGUCCAUAAAGCAGACAACCCUCUGAUGCAGGGAGAGAAAAAAGCCAGUUGUACCAGCAAUUCAUCUUUUUACACAUCAGAUUCUUUCGCAAAAACAUUUUCUCCCACCUUCACGUGAUUCUGAGGCUCGCCCGCCCGGUUCGCAAAAACAUUUCCUUCCUUCUUCACCACUCUCUCUCUCUCUCUCUAGUCUCCAAUCUACAUGCCCUUGUCACGUUCCUCCUGCCCCUCCCUCCUUCCAUGCCCAUACCUGCAAAAGCCUCAGGACACUACUAACAGAGAAGACGACAAGUCGGGUGAAAGUGAAACAGAAGCGCUCUCUCAGUCUCAGGUCCCUUCCCAUCAGCGACAAUGCUGAAGAGAAGAACCCCAUCACAUUGCUCCGCACUGUCGUUUCUUGCGCUGCUCUGCCCUGUGCUUGCGCUCGCCGCUCCUGGGUCGCCCCCGUCGUCGAGCCUCCCGUUGCCGCCUGACGCGUCGGCCCUCCUGGCGUUCAAGUCCAAGGCAGAUUUGAACGACGUCCUUCGCUUCUCUCCCAACACGAGCUUCCUCUUUUGCGAGUGGCAGGGCGUCCUGUGCGCCCAAGGCAGAGCCGUCCGUCUCGUCCUCGAAGGGCUCGACCUCGGCGGCGAGCUCGCUCCCAACUCGCUGACUCGCCUCGACCAGCUCCGAGUCCUGAGCCUGCAGAACGACUCCCUCGCCGGCCCGAUCCCCGACCUUUCCGGCCUCGUCAACCUCAAAACCCUCUUCCUCGGCUACAACGCCUUCACCGGCUCUUUACCUCCGUCGAUCUUCUCGCUCCACCGGGUCAGGACCCUCGACCUGUCGCACAACGGCUUCACCGGUCCGUUGCCUUCCUGGCUGGCCGAGCUCGACCGGCUGUACUACCUCCGGCUCGACGACAACCGGUUCAACGGGAGCAUCCCUCCGCUCAACCAGUCCUCCCUGCAGACGUUCAACGUCUCCGGCAACAACCUCACCGGCGCCAUACCCGUCACGCCGGUCCUAGCUCGCUUCAAGAUCUCGUCCUACUCGUGGAACCCGGGCCUCUGCGGGCAGAUCAUAAACAAGGAAUGCAACCCCGGGCCGCCGUUCUUCGGAGCGUCGUCCACGGGGGCGAGCGGGGCGCCGCCUGCUCCGGCGGCGGCGCUGGGGCAGAGCGCGGAAGUGCACGGCGUCAACCAGACCCAGCAGGGUCAGAAGAAGCACAAGAGGACCGCGGUCAUCCUCGGGUUCUCGUCGGGGGUGGCGGUGCUCGUGUGCUCGCUCAUGUGCUUCGCCGUGGCCGUUAAGAAACAGAGGGAACAAUCCCGGCUAGCGGCGAGCCCAAUGAUGGCAUCGGACGACGCCGCGGCUGCCGAGGCCGCGGCCGUAAUGCAGAUAGAGCAGAACGAACUGGAGGAGAAGGUGAAGAGGGUGCAAGGGAUGCAGGUGACGGCGAAGAGCGGGAGCCUGGUGUUCUGCGCGGGGGAGGCGCAGCUGUACUCGCUGGAGCAGCUGAUGCGGGCGUCGGCGGAGCUGCUGGGGCGGGGGACGAUGGGGACGACGUACAAGGCGGUGCUGGACAGCCGCCUGAUCGUGACCGUGAAGCGGAUGGACGCGGGGAAGAUGGCGGGGACGAGCAGGGAGGCGUUCGAGCGGCACAUGGAGUCGGUGGGCGGGCUGCGCCACCCCAACCUCGUCCCCCUCCGCUCCUUCUUCCAGGCCAGGGAGGAGCGGCUCCUCAUCUACGACUACCAGCCCAACGGCAGCCUCUUCUCCUUGAUUCACGGAUCCAAAUCGGCGAGGGCCAAGCCCCUGCACUGGACGUCGUGCCUCAAGAUCGCUGAGGACGUCGCGCAGGGCCUCUCCUACAUCCACCAGGCGUGGCGGCUCGUCCACGGCAACCUCAAGUCCUCCAACGUCCUUCUCGGCCCCGACUUCGAGGCCUGCAUCGUCGACUACUGCCUCUCGGUGCUGAUUGCCCCCGCGACGCCCCCGGAUGCUGACGACCCCGACCUGGCUGCCUACGUGGCACCUGAGUCCAGGGACCCCAGUCACCAGCCAACCAACAAGUCGGACGUGUACGCCUAUGGCACCCUGCUGCUGGAGCUUCUCACGAGCAGGCCCCCCUCCCAGCACCCGUGGCUGAUGCCCGGCGAUGCGAUGGGCUGGGUGAGGUCGACGAGGGAGGAUGACGGCGGGGGCGGGGGCGAUGACCGGCUGGUGAUGCUGUUGGAGAUCGCCAUGGCCUGCCGGGCGAGGUCGCCGGAGCAGAGGCCGACAAUGUGGCAGGUGCUGAAGAUGCUGCAGGAGAUUAAAGAUGCCGUGGUGGACGACAGCGAACUGGACCCUGCUCAAGGAACUGUGUGCUAGCUUAGUUAUUGCGCGUCCUUGUGUGCACUGCAUCACCGUUUUUAUUGAAUAGGAGGAGGGAGGAGGAGGAUAGUAGAUAGAAAAUUAUUAGAAAAACAACCUCAUAUGUAACUUGUUCAUAGCCAGUUUUCAUUGAAUGCCUUCGACAUCCUUCGGCGGAGACACGGUUUUAAAUAGGGCAAUGACAUGACGACCGUAUGAAUUUUUGUCCGUUCUACACUCA